AUGAAGUUGGGUAUAGUCGCCUUUACUCUUAUCUCAUUUGCAGCCCAAGCGCUCGCCCUGGUUGCGCGCGAGAACUUGCCAAAGCCACAAAAUGACCCCUUCUAUCAACCUCCAGAUGGCUGGGAGUCGAAGAAGGUGGGGACUAUCUUGCGCUCUCGUAAAGUGAAUAUCAACACGCUCGUGAAGGACAACUUGAAAGAGGCUUGGCAGUUGCUGUACCGCACGACGUACAGGUCAGACGAUGAGCCAACGACAACUGUUACGACAAUUAUGGUUCCUCACAAUGCUCAGAACGAUUCUUUAGUAUUGUAUGCUGACUUUGAGGAUGCUGGAGCGCCGCAGUGCGCUCCAAGCUAUACUUGGCGUGCUGGUUUGCUGUCGGACACUAGUUCAAUUUUCAACGUGGGAAUUGCUAUGUUGUAUCUGCAAGAAGGCUACAUUGUGACGAUGCCCGACAAGGAAGGCAACAAGGGUGCAUUUGGUUCAGGUCAUGUCGAGGGCCGUCAAUCAUUGGACGGUAUUCGUGCGACGCUAGCCUUUGAUAAAAUUGGUCUUAACAAGAAUGCUAGGGUUGUUGGCCAUGGAUACUCUGGUGGUGGUAUUCAAUGUGGAUGGACGGCAGCGCUGAAAAAGUCGUACGCGCCAGAAAUCAACUCUGUCGGAUGGUUCACGGGUGGAACGCCUUCCAAUGUCACAGCAUUAGUGGAAAAAAUUAACGGUGGACCAUUCGCUGGUUAUGUCGCUGGUGGUUUAGGUGGUGUCAUUUCAACAUACCCAGAUGUCAAGGCUUACACUGAUAAAGUCUUUACGAAGCAGGCUCAAAAAGACUUAGAGUUCCCCAGAAAGCAUUGCCAAGAGGAGAUCACGUUGCAUUUUCUCUUCAAGAACUUCUACGACAAGAGUUUUAGUACGGUCGGCAAGCGCUUCCUAUACGAGCCCGUUGUUCAAAAGGCCCUCAAUGAGCUCACUAUGGGCACAAACCCUGAUUUCACCCCCGACACACCUGUUUUGAUGGCGCACGGAGUCUCAGACGAAGUUGCCCCCUAUGAGGCAGCUCACGAGACGUAUAAAUCUUGGUGUAAGAAUGGUGCAGAUGUUGAGUUCGUAAGUUUCGCGAACCCUGUAUCUGCUCAUGGUGUUACGACGGUUACAAGCACAGUCCCUGGCUUCCUUUGGAACCGUGACCGGCUCCAAGGCAAGCCUGUGCAGGGUGGCUGCCGAGAAAUCAAGAACUACGACGUUGGCGUCAACUCUCAUGCUCUUGGCGAAGAUUUCGAGUCUGCUUUGGGUCUUCUUAAGGGCCUCUUGGGAGACAAGAUUGGACCAAAUGACGAGUACUUGAAAGAUGCGCUUCACAAGUGA